AUGGCGGACGGUGACGGCGCCACCACCACCACCGUCGCUCUAAGAAGCCCUCCUAGUCACAACCAUUGCGAUUUAAUCAAAGAGGAUGUAGUAGACUCAAUCAGCUCUCUCCCUGAUGAGAUCCUCCAACAUAUCCUCUCUUUUAUUCCGACCAGAUUCGCCAUCAGAACCACAGUCUUGUCCAGACGUUGGAGGCACGUAUGGUCCAAUACACCUUGUCUCUCCUUCGAUAGACAUAACCUGAACGCUGAUUCGAUCAACAAAACCCUAGAUUGCUACACGUCUCAAAGGAUGAUGAGCUUUAUGCUCUGUACCAGCGUGUUCGACAAUCUUGCUUGCAUUGAGAGAUGGAUAGAGUUUGCCGUGUCCAGGAAGGUACAGGAUCUGUCGCUAAAAAUCACUCCUGGUAUCUUUUACACGUCUUACAAGAUUCCUGAUUCCUUCUACACCAACUCUUCUGUGAAACAACUCAGCGUUGAGUUAAGUUUGGAUAUUUUGAUUCCGAGAUGCCCCGUUUCUUGGACAUCACUCCAGAGCCUUUCAUUGAAUUCUCGUAACCUCUCUGAUGAAUCCGUUGCUAACAUUUUAUCCGGUUGUCCGGUUCUGGAAUCGUUAAUGUUGUCUUUCUGCCAUGAACUGAGAGUUCUUGACCUCAGCAAAUCGUUGCGUCUGAAAACAUUGGAUGUAUAUCGCAAUAGUUCUGGUGCAGGGCCAACUCAGAUUGUGGCACCACAUAUCCAUGCUCUCGCUCUCAAGUUGACGAAUGCGUUGCCGUGUACUUUAGUUGAUGUCUCGUCUUUAAAAGAAGCGAAGUUAGAAAUCAGCUUUGGUAAAGGUGAAAACCUCAAUGUUGGGGCUCUUCAGUCUACGACUCUAGAGAUGUUAGAGAAGUUGCAGGAUGUAGAGAAGCGUAUUCUUAGGGAAAACUUUCUUAAGAUUCUAUCUCGUGCAGAGCUCCGAGAUGUUCCUUUCCCCAAGUUCGUGGUCAAAGAUUUGAUACUCGUGACAAGGAGGAUUUCUUACUAUGUAAUUCCUGGUAUAGUGAGGUUGCUACAAAACUCUCCCAACUUAAAGAAGCUAACAGUACACACAAUGAAUAUUCGCAGCAGCAUACCGGAGAGCUUCCUUGACAAAUAUUGGGAAGGAUUGAAUGUGGAUCAACGCUUGAGCUUGGAAGCAAGGGUCUUUAAAAAUAUUUUCCAUAGGAAUGUAAAGCCAAAUGAUGUGGCUAAGUUUAUGGAGCUUAUGCUUAAAACCACAAAGACAGUAGAGAAGAUGGUCGUAAGAUUGGAACGUUACCUUGAAGAAAGAGAUUUUGAAGAAUUGCUUCCGAUGGUUCCAAUGCUUUUCCACCACAACAAUGUCUCCAUCGUUCUUAGCUCAACCAAACCGAACCGAAGGGUUGUCUUCAAUCUUAUUGGACCUUGUAAUUUGAGUCUCAUAUAA